AAAAAAGUCAUUAAAUCCAUACCUACUCGCACCUCACUCACCUGAAUCUUGCCUUUUUCUCUCUCUAGCCCCCACCCCACCUCUCUUUCUCUCCUCCCGUUCUCUCACCAUUAUAUGUUUUUUAAGUUUGAUCAAUUGGGUGUUUUCUUGUUCUUGUUAGUUUUGAGCUGGGCAAGAAUUUGAGGGGAAGAAGGACCUUAAUCUCUGGGUGGGUUUUGACGUAAAUGGGUAUUUGUUAUUCAUCGGCUGAUGGGAAGAGAAAGACGGAGUGGGAGGCCGGAAAUGAUAAGGUAGGUGCCAAGUUGAAGAAGGGUACAUCUGGUGAUUUUGCCACCUUUAUUAGUAAGUUAAGUGGCGCCGUUGUGGCGGAGGAGCAGGCCCUGCGUCAAAUCCCAGGUCGGCUGUUUGCGAAUGGGGCGAGUCGCAUCGCUUGCUUGUACACUCAGCAGGGCAAGAAAGGAACUAAUCAAGAUGCCAUGAUCGUUUGGGAGAAUUUCUCUGCGGGAAGUGAUGCAAGUGCAACUUUUUGCGGAGUGUUUGAUGGCCAUGGUCCUUACGGUCACAUGGUUGCGAGGAAAGUGCGCGAUGCUCUUCCAAUUUUACUACGUUCUCAGUUGGAAACUAAGCUUGAAAAUGACCAAAAUCAUGCGAACAAGAAUGGAAAUUUUGAAGGGAUGAGGCGUUUUGACGACUUCAUGGAUGAGGAUGGCUGUGAAUCAAUGGAAGCCGAGGACACCGAUAAAGUCCCUGAGAUGUAUGUUCCACUCAAGAAGUCGAUAUUAAAGGCUUUCAAGUUAAUGGAUAAGGAACUGAAGUUGCAUCCUACGAUUGAUUGCUUCUGUAGUGGUACAACUGCUGUGGCUUUGAUAAAGCAGGGUCAGGAUCUUAUAAUUGGAAAUGUUGGUGACUCAAGAGCAGUAUUGGCAACCAGAGAUAAGGACAAUGCUUUAGUUGCUGUACAGUUAACCGUGGACCUGAAACCUAAUCUUCCAAGGGAAGCUGCUAGGAUUCAGAAAUGUAAAGGGAGGGUUUUUGCCCUGCAAGAUGAACCAGAAGUUGCACGUGUAUGGUUGCCUAAUAGCGACUCCCCCGGAUUGGCCAUGGCCAGAGCCUUUGGGGAUUUCUGUUUGAAGGAUUUUGGUUUAAUUUCCAUCCCAGAUGUUUAUCAUCACCAUAUUACUGAGAGAGAUCAGUUUGUCAUUCUUGCCACUGAUGGGGUGUGGGACGUUCUCUCCAAUAAGGAAGCAGUGGACAUUGUGGCCUCAGCUCCUGGCCGUGGUACAGCCGCCAGAGCCCUUGUUGACUGCGCUACUAGAGCAUGGAGGCUUAAGUACCCAACAUCAAAGAAUGAUGACUGUGCUGUUGUAUGCUUAUUCCUUGAACACGUUUCUGUCGCUGAUGUGCCUCAAGCACAUAAUGACCCGGCAACUGUUCCUGAAGAGGCAAACAAGGUCCCGAAAGAAGAAGUGGAGAAGGUUUCUGCAGCAGUUGACUUUGAGGACAAAAAUGUCAAUGCUGCAGCUUCUCAUGCUUCUUUCAUUGUGCCUCAAGGGACAAUGAAAGAGUCUAGCGAGAUAGUGCCAGUUGUUGAGGAAGUGGACGAGAAGCCAAUUGAUAAGACUCUUGGUCAGUCUAAGAGGAGCUUAGCUGAGUGUCUUUCGACUGCAGAGGACGACGAAUGGUCAGCCCUUGAAGGCAUCACCCGAGUCAAUAGUCUGCUUAGUCUCCCCAGGUUCUUGCCUUUCGAUAAACGAUCAAUGAGCUGGAGAAAAUGGUUGUGAAAUAUGUAAAGGCCAUGCUGAUACUGAUUAGCGGGCACACGUUUUGCCUUAAGAUCAUGCUAUUUCCAUUUGUCGAGGAUGCUGUAUGAGAAUCUGAUAGCAGUAAUUAAGAGCACCGAGCUUGUUCCCCGAUUCCAAGAUUCAGGUCAAGAAGCAUUGUGUCGAGUUCAUUGUGCAGCUGAAAUUUUUCCCCAAGUUAUUGAAAGUGUCUAUUCGAUUCACCGCAUGCGUAGUGGCUGUAGGCUAUCAGCUUAGUUGUUUGGUAGGAGAAGUUUUGUAUGUACUGCUAUGUUUACAACUAUAAAUAUACUUAUAUAAAGAUUAUGCUUUUCUGUAA